UAUUAUGAAUCUAGAAACAGCUCAAGAACAGCCUUCUCCACCCCCCACCCCCCUCUUGCGAUUCAGAGCUGAUCACGAUGAGGAUGCUCAAGAAGUCCUCAGCGUCUUCGGUGAUCCGGCCGCAGCGCGGCUGCCAUCGCGAGGACAUCGCCUUUGAUCGUCUCCUCCAGGUGUCUGGAUGCAAGCAACAUCCUCUCAAUUUAAGCACUGGGGUAGAGAGAGGGCUUUUUUUCCAGAAAGUAGCUUCUUAUGUUAGAAUGUAUGGAUUAGGAGGAAGAUUUGCUCUUUGUUCUUCUAAACAUUCUUUGGACAGUAUGGUGGAUUCUCUGUCUAAAAUGGACAACCAGAAGUGGUCUGAUCUUUUGCAUAUGAUAGACCAAGAAUUGAAUGAAAGACUUCUAGAGAGACUUUGCUGCACGACAUGUCCAAAAUCCAAUAGGUUUUCACCAUCAUCGAAGUAUGAGGACAGAAUUCAAGCUAUCGCUAACUUGAGUGAGCAUUCCAAUCUCAGUCCACACAGCAACUCCUCUGCAGGACAUGGAGAGUUGCAGCUGUCAUGUGACUACUGUGAUCAAGAAGAGCCACUGAUCACUCGUGAUUAUACAAAACAGAAAACAUCACCACCAGAGCUUAUUUCGCGUCAGCCAACGAUCAUUAUUGGUCUGGUAGGCCACAUGAAACAUGGAAAAACAUCAUUGAAAAACUCUCUGUGUGGUAAUCAGGUUGCUCCUGGUACUACAGAAGGAAUAGGAUUUGAUAAUGCAAAGAUAUACAAGUGCGAGGAUAAGUGCUGCACCUCCUCUACCCGCUACAUUAUCAAUAGAUGCCGAGAUAAAGACUAUGGAUUUUAUGGACACGAAGAAUGCAAACUGAAGCCGAUGAUGCAUAUAUCAUUCAUAGAUUGCCCGGGCCAUCCUAAUCUUUUAGCAGCAACACUUUCUGCCAUAGGCAUUAUGGAUGCUGCUAUUUUAGUUAUAUCUGCAGACGAAAGUUGUGGCCAGCCUCAGACAACAGAACAUCUCAUUGCUCUCGAGAUAAGAAAUAUCCAGGACAUCAUUAUAGUACAAAGUAAAGUUGAUUCUGUCUCCACCAAAAAGAAACGGAAUCACUUAAGAGAAAUCGAAGACUUUAUCAAGGAUACAGUAGCCAAACAUGCUGUGAUUUUGGAGAAAGGAGAGAAUUAUAUGGACAUGGUCUGUGAAACUAUUGUCAAGAAUAUUCAUAUCCCUCCAAGGAUUCUAGAAAAGCCACCAGUGAUGAUUAUUCUGAAGUCAGGUGAUGACUACAGCAAAAACAGUAACUCGAGAAGAAGAUUAGUGGUACAUGGAGUUCUUUUGCAGGGCAUGCUUAUGCCAAACUGUGAGAUGCAAAUAUCACCCGGAAUAGUGUUUCAAGAAAAAGGAACUUUGAAACAUAGCCCAUUGGUCGUCGAAACUGACUUAAUAUAUGCUGAGGAGACGCAGCUCCAGUUUGCUCAACCUGGAGGUAUUAUCAAAUUAUACCUGACAACAGGUUGUACAGAGCUAGUUGAUUCCUUAGCUGGGCAUUAUUUAGGCGAAAAGGGGAAUCUGCCAGGUGUUUUUACUGCCUUUAGGGUCAGCUACAUUCUGCUGCCUUGUAUUUUGGGUUUAAGAAAAGGAGUGCCUAAAGUCCUAUGCAAGAAUGCCAAGUGUCUUGAAAAGGAAGAGAUACUGUUAGUUACAAUUCAAGGGUUUUCAACAGGGGCUAGGGUGCUUUCUGCAAGAAGAAAAAAAGCAGACCUACUGCUUACAUUUCCUGUCUGUGCUAGGAAAGGUGAUACGAUAACCUUGUGCCGGCGUGUGGGGUUAUCAUGGAGGCUUGCUGGUAAAGCAAGUUUAAUUGCGGGGGUAACAGGUCAGGGGCUAAGCUCUGUAGAAGCAUGACAUUAGCUGCAGAUCAUAAAUUUUGGAUCAUCCUGCUUGACAAUAACCCAUUGAAGCUAGCUUUUGUUCAAAGCUGAUGUCUUCAAGCAAGAGAACCAUACCAUACAGAAAUAAAUAGGGAGCUACGUUUGUAGAUAGGGUGUACAAUCGCUACCCGUUCUUACUGUGUGGUGACUGGCCUCUGAGCUUAUGCCUUCGACCUUAUGCGCCCAAACUGUGACGCCUCUGUUGAGGACAUCCUGCUGGAGGUCGACCAACUGAAGCUUGCUGUUGCCAAAGCACUGAGGAGCCAUUGCACAAGCCAACCUGUGCUGCUGUAGUUGUUGAUAGUCUUUAGGCUUUUUGCUAGCUUAGGCCCUCUGGUUCUUGUAUGUUUCGCAGGUUUACCUUGUAAACUUUGAGACAUACUGGUGUUCUCCUUCUAAUACAAAAUGAUGUGGAUGUUCGAGAAGAAAAAACUUUGGUUGAUUUGUCUGGAACCAGUAAGGUGUCACCUGGUGAGGAAUGAACGGACACAGAGGCCGGUAUAAGGACUAUGAUAUUGAAAUAUUGCCAUGUAUCAAGCACAGGGCAUCCAUCACCAUCUUGGCUGUUUCACCAGCCAAUGCAGAUUUAGCAAACUCUGAUGCUUUAAAAUGCCUCGGCCAGCUGAUCUUAAUGGUGUGCUUGCCCUUCAAAUUUCAUGUAUAGUUUCCUAACUAGGCUCGAACAACUGGUAUUGUUAUAGAGGUUUGCUUCUGAACCUUUUGUUAAGUCAUUAGAUGCAACAAAAAAGUUAUCUCCUGAAUGAAAACGUACUUUAAAUAUCAUCCAGCUUCUGAUAUUGGCUAUUCUUCGGUUUUCUACUAGUUGGACAUUAAUGGACAGUGGCACUGAUGCCUGUAAAGUUUUGCAGGAAAAAUGCUAUCAUUUCGACGUGUUUAUGUUGGCGCCACUGGUAAUCUUGUUUUCAGCAUGUUUGCUUAGUUUAUUGUGUGCAGAUGUGUUAAAAGUUACUAUUAAUAUUCCAUUCCUUUCUUCACAGUUUGAAACUGACUUAACUUUGUGCCUCUGAGCUCAUUUCUUAUAUAAUUAUAGCAUCAAGAUGGUGUCAAAGUCAUUUUGAGAACUCUGUGUCUCACGAUGAAUGCUGCCAAAAGAAGAGCGUCAAGUUUGAUUGCCAACUCGAUCCACUUGUUUGCGCUUAGUCCAUACGCUUGUCAAUUGUCCAGACUUGUGCCAGAGUGAAGCUCACUGCUUCCCUAAGUUUGAUACAGUACGGUCGUUAUGCAACGUGUUCUCCUUUCAGGAUACCAUUGUCUUGCUCAGUACCGUGGGUUAUCAUACCUAUCAAAGAAGCAAAACAUGGCAUUUUCUUGGAUAGGAUAUAUGGUGUAGUCCAUAUGUUAUAUGCUUUCGGACGUAUGUCGUGACUUCGUGUCCUGAAUGGUUAGAAAGAUGUAUGUUGUGAUUUGAACUAAGAAUACUGAGAAACUUUCAGAUCUUAGUUACAAAAAUAUUCUGCCAAAACUGAAGUCACACACAAGUUCUCAGUCGACACCUAUUGCUAAGUAGUAUGCCCUCUAUGGUGAUCCAAUCAAGUUCAAGGCCCGGUCAACUAUCUGUAUACAUUUUUGUGGAUUCAUCUGCAACUAUCUGUAUCAUCUUUUCCGAUUUGUUUAUUUUGUGCCUACUAAAAAGGCUGCUUAGUAUAUCUUUAAUGUUUUUUAUUUGGGUAUCUGCUUUGAUGAUCCAUCUCUAUGUUUCAAGAUUGCAGGCUAGGUAUUCUGCUAAGCUUUUGAACAUUCUAGCUAAAUGUUGUGGCGGCAAUUACUGAACAAUGCCCACUUAUGUCUUUUUUUUAGAUCAAUGCCCACUUAUGUCA